CCACCUGAACACAAGCCGGGUCUGAUCAACCUAGGCUGGGUCGCCAAGGAGAGGGUGUAUGAUGUUGAAAGACCCGAAACACCCGAGAACCCUUGGUUACAUCACUGACGAUGUGUUCAGGAGCAUCCUAGAGAUGUAUUUCAUCAAGUGGAGCAUCCUAGAGAUGUAUUUCAUCAAGCACUCUACUGGCGAAACCAGUGGCGACCAGGAACAGGCUGGUUGACAACCAGGAAUAGAUUGGUGACGACUGGAGAGACAGUGGACAGCACGGAGAGACGGCAAAUGGGGCGGGAAGGGUUGGCAGCCCGAACCGCAGCUUCUGAGAGGAGGAAACCCACAACAAGCUACAGAGUGGAUCAUGGAGAAAUACCCCCAGGGAUGCCCGAGAGGGGGGGAGGAUGAGCAUCCCAACCGGACGGACCUGAGGAUAACAAACACUGGCAAUGAACAAAGGUUUACGAGUAAUGGCAAAGGACAAUUAACGACAAGCAAGUGCAGAUGCGGAAAGGUCUGCAAGAACAGCCGAGGUCUUAAGAUUCACCAAACCCGGAUGAGAUGUUUGGAGGAAGAGCAAGCGCCACAACGCACAGGUACUCAACCUGAUGAGACGCAGGAGGAGCCAGGCCCGGAGAUACCCCACAGAGCCAGGAACCUCCAAGUGCCGCAACCAAUUCCUCGAGACAGACUUCCGGAGACCGGAGUACAGACUUCUGGAGACCUUCCGGAGAGGAUUCAAAUCAAAUGGCCACAGGCCUGCAAGACAGCAGUCUGGCAGCAGUUUGAUGAGGAUGCCAACUCUGUCUUAGAUGCAACGGCAAAGGGUGAUGCGGACCGAAGGCUGCAGACGAUGACGACAAUCAUCGUCAGGCUAGCUGUGGAAAGGUUCGAAGUAGUGGAGAAGAGGAUAGGAGGAGCACCCUUCACCAUGAACCAGAGAGCAGCAAAAAUCCACCGGAUCCGGCAGGAGCUCAAGUCUCUCAAACUGCAGUUCAAGGAGGCAAGUGAGGAGCAACGCCCUCCCUUGGUAGAGCUGCGAACCAUUCUGAGAAAGAAGCUGCUGACCCUCCGCAGAGCUGAAUGGCACAGACGGAGGCGGAAAGAAAGGACCAGGAAGCGAGCAUCCUUUAUAGCCAACCCCUUCGGCUUCACUAAGCAACUCUUGGGACAGAGGCUUGGUGGGAGAUUGGCCUGCUCCAAGGAAGAGAUCGAUCGGCACAUCCAGACCACCUACAGCGACCCUGCCAGGCAGCAGGACUUAGGCCAGUGCAACACCCUGAUACAACCACCUCCACCCACCAAGGAGUUUGAUGGCAGGGAACCACUCCUGAAAGAGGUGCAGGAUGUUGUGAAGAAGGCACGAUCUAGUUCAGCUCCCGGUCCAAGUGGAGUGCCCUACAAGGUCUACAAAAACUGUCCCCUGUUACUGGAAAGGUUGUGGAAGAUCUUGAAAGUUAUCUGGAGAAGAGGAAAAGUGGCGCGGCAGUGGCGAUUUGCUGAAGGAGUCUGGAUCCCAAAGGAGGAAGUUUCCAAGAACAUAGACCAGUUCAGGAUUAUUUCCUUGCUGAGUGUCGAAGGGAAGAUUUUCUUCAGCAUAUUACCAAGGCGGCUGACCGACUUUCUCUCUAGCAACCACUACAUUGACACUUCAGUACAGAAGGGGGGCAUACCUGGAGUACCGGGGUGCCUGGAGCAUACAGGAGUGGUGACCCAGCUCAUUAGAGAAGCCAGGGAGAACAAGGGAGACCUGGCAGUGCUUUGGCUAGACUUGGCUAAUGCCUACGGCUCCAUCCCACACAAGCUGGUCCAAACAACCCUGGAGAGGCACCAUGUGCCGGGCCAAGUGGCUGAACUCAUCAUGAACUACUAUGACCAGUUCAGCAUGAGAGUAUCAACAGGGUCCAUAACAUCAGAGUGGCACAGAGUGGAGGUUGGGAUCAUCACAGGCUGCACCAUCUCCGUGAUUCUUUUUGCGUUGGCAAUGAAUAUGCUUGUGAAGUCUGCCGAAACUCAAUGUCGGGGCCCAAAGACCAUGACAGGAGUGCGUCAACCACCAGUCAGGGCAUUCAUGGACGACCUGACUAUAACCACCGAAUCAGUACCCGGCAGUAGGUGGAUCCUUCAAGGGCUGGAGGAGCUAUGUGGGUGGGCUAGGAUGAGAUUUAAGCCCGAAAAAUCAAGGUCGCUGGUUUUGAAGCGGGGCAAAGUUGUGGAUAAGUUCCGCUUCAGUAUUGGAGGGGCAUCAAUCCCAACUGUCUCAGAGAAACCAGUGAAGAGCCUGGGCAAGGAGUUUAACAGCAGCCUGAAGGAUUCAGUAUCCGUUCAGGGAACCUGUCAGGAGCUGGAAAGCUGGUUGAGAGCGGUGGACCGGUCUGGGCUUCCUGGUAAGUUCAAGGCUUGGAUCUACCAGCACGGCAUCCUGCCAAGGGUACUGUGGCCUCUGCUCGUUUACGAGGUGCCAAUCUCAAUCGUGGAGGGCUUAGAGAGGAAAGUCAGCAGCUUCCUCAGGAGGUGGCUGGGUCUGCCUAGGAGCCUUAGCAGCAUUGCUCUCUACGGACCAAGCACCAAGCCCCUGAGAUCACUGGAAGAGGAGUUUAAGGUGACAAGGGCCAGAGAAGUAAUGAUGUACAGGGACUCCAGCGACCCUAAGGUGGCCCAGGCAGGGGUCAGAGUGAAAACCGGGAGGAAAUGGGUAGCCGAUGAAGCCGUAUUACAGGCAGAGUCGCGGAUACGGCACAGAGCUUUGGUUGGAGCUGUAACCCGCGGUAGAGCUGGCCUGGGGACCUUUUCAACACCUCAGUAUGAGAAAGUCAAGGGGAAGGAGAGACGCAGACUGGUGCAGGAGGAAGUGAGGGCAGAGGUGGAGGAGAGGAGGAUUAGCAGAGCUGUCGGUUUGAGGCAGCAGGGUGCCUGGACAAGGUGGGAGCAGGCCAUGGACAGGAAAGUCACAUGGUCUGAGCUGUGGCGGGCAGAGCCACAGCGCAUAAAGUUCCUUGUCCAGGCAGUGUACGACAUCCUGCCCAGCCCAUCAAACCUCUCCAUCUGGGGCAAGACGGAGUCUCCCAACUGUCCGCAGUGCCCAGGCAGAGGAACAUUGGAGCACAUCCUGAGCUGCUGCCCAGUAGCUCUUGGGCAGGGGCGAUACACCUGGCGCCACAACCAAGUCCUGAGACCCAUUGCGGAAGCCAUCAGCAUGGGAAUCAGCAGUAGCAAACGGUCCCACUCCACCACCCAGAUGAUCGCCUUUGUGAAGGCUGGCGAGCGCCUGGGGAAAACCACCGGAGCCAGAAACCCAGCAGGACUGCUGGCGACGGCGAAAGACUGGCAGCUGUCGGUUGACCUGGAGAAACAACUGAAGUUUCCCCAGCACAUAGUCGCCACCACCCUGAGGCCAGACAUCCUCCUGGUCUCAGAGGAGACAAAGAACAUCCUCCUGAUUGAGCUAACAGUUCCAUGGGAGGACCGAUUGGAUGAGGCCCACGAGAGGAAAAGGACCAAGUAUGAGGAGCUGGUCAUAGACUGCCGCAAGCAGGGCUGGAAGGUAAAGUGCAUGCCCAUCGAGGUAGGCUGUAGGGGGUUUGCAGGCCAAUCACUCUACAAGACCCUGAGCGCUCUGGGCAUAACUGGGAUGGAGAGAAGAAGGGCCAUCAAGAAAAUCAUGGAGGAAGCAGAGAAAGCCUCCAGAUGGCUCUGGAUCAGGAGAAGUGACCCAUGGAGUAGUAGCAAAUGCCACCUGAACACAAGCCGGGUCUGAUCAACCUAGGCUGGGUCGCCAAGGAGAGGGUGUAUGAUGUUGAAAGACCCGAAACACCCGAGGACCCUUGGUUACAUCACUGACGAUGUGUUCAGGAGCAUCCUAGAGAUGUAUUUCAUCAAGUGGAGCAUCCUAGAGAUGUAUUUCAUCAAGUAAAAAU